CUUUUCCUGUUUCCUCCUCAGCAGCCCCGUCGCUCGUUGCCAGGUAUAUAUAAGACGCAGGGUUUCUAAAUCAAUGGCACGGGUUCCACCUCGGUGACAUCAACAAGAACUAGGAACUGUACAGCAAGUAUACGACAAGAAGAAAAAAACAAUAAGCAGCACAAGAACAUGAAACUAAUACCCAGCCUCCCGCCUCGAGGUCUGCUCGUGCUUGGGCUAGUCACGUGCCUGUCCCUCUACACCAGCGCCCUCCUGCGUUCUCUCCCCUUGCUCAACCAGUUAAAGCAAUGUUAUCAGCUUGCACAGAACUAUUCCACCCAGAACUAUGUCGGAAGCAUGUACUGUUGGUUCUGUGAGUCCCCGCUUCGAGCACAGAUCAAAGGAGCACCUGCACCCAUCGACCCCCAGAAAGCCAGCUACUUUAAUUCGCUGUACACACAUCACGUGGAGCCAUACCUCGGACGUGGAGGCCGCGUCCGGCGCCAGGCCACACAGUGCGUCAGGAAGGAGUACAGGACCCUCAGCGACGAUGAGCGACGACGAUUCCACAACGCCGCCAACACGUUGAAGCGAGAUACGACUGUGGAGCCCAACAAAUACGAUGCUCUCGCCCUCCUCCACACCGGACUCGCAACCUUUAUGGCUCACGGAGGCCCAGGUUUCCUUGGAUGGCACCGAGUUUACCUUUUGUUGUUCGAGGCUGCCCUAAAGGAAGUGGACCCCAGUGUUUGUUUGCCCUACUGGAACUGCUUAGACGAGGGUCUGCAGAACCCCGCCCAGUCCCACAUCUUCAGCACCGACUUCAUUGGUGACGGCGAUGACGUCGUGGACUCCGGCCCCUUCGCAGGCUGGAUAACUCCUGCAGGUGUUCCUCUCAGGCGUUCUGUCGGUCGGGACGGUCAGCUCUUCACACGUCAGGCCAUCGAGAACAUCAUGUCACGUGACACACACGCGGACAUCGCCCUGCCAGGAGUUGACCCCCAGUAUGACCUGGAGUUCCACCACGGCGGUGUGCACAUCUACAUCGGCGGCGACAUGGCCAUGCUGGACACCGCGGCCAACGACCCCGUCUUCUUCCUGCACCACGCCUUUGUCGACUACAUCUGGGAGAUGUUCCGCAUGAGGAUGCGCAACAGAGGUCUGAAUCCCGAAGUAUACCCUGUGGGUGAAGUCAACGACUUUCACUUGGGGACAGCCAUGAUGGGCUUCGGCAACCUGACGCACGCCGACGGUUACCUUGACGACCUAACCGCCAGCUACGCUUACGCCCCUUCACCCGAGUGCUCGGCCAGCCAGCCGGACUGCGGCACCAAGUACCUGUCGUGUGACGUCACCCGUGCCCGGUGCCUGCCCAUCGUGCCCUCCAACCCUCCCAACAACCCCGUGGGUCCUUUGCCUCAGCCCUGCCCCGCGCCCAAGCCUCAAGGUUACCAGAACAGCUUCUGCAUGGACGGCACGUGCGAUAUGAGCAAGUGGGUGUGGAUACCCGUCAAGAUCGUGUCCAAGCGGCCACCAGAGUUCAAGCGCUACCACUCAUACCCAGUGAUGAACGGCGCCAUCUCCCGCACCAGCGACAUCUACGAACCUUCCUCCUACAUGGACGCCAGCAGAUACGUUUCUCAGAGCGAAGGACACCCUAAGAGAUACGAAAAGUGCUCUGUAGAUGAUGGUGUUGGCCGCAUCUUCGUGUCCUCCACCGGCGUGGACUAUGACGGAGCGUACAAGGAGUCCUCCAUCAUCGACCAGCGUCUUGCCUCCUCCGUCUCCGUCACCUACAUCGCCGUCAAGGACCCAGCAAUCGGUGGCGUCUCCAAGGCUCUCCUUCGUGCGCAUGACUCGUGCGGACGCGUGUGCAGCACGGCGUGUAGAGUACCCAACAGCAACCCUGCCCGCUACGAGCCUUGCUCGGGUAUCGUGGAAAUUACACCCGAACAGCCACUCGGCUACGGCGCCACCUACGCCAGCGCCAUGCUCAACGUCUUCGACUACGCCUCCAACGGAGUAUGUCCAUCGGUGAUUCUCGACAGCUUCGUCGCCUUCUACUGCGACUACAUCGACCAUCUGCCGUGGGUGGACAAACCUUCUUCCGCUUAUGUUCCUCCCACAGUGCCUGUCCCUCCACCCGCUCCAGGAGCAGGAAAAUGUCACCUGUCUCCCCGCUGCACCAUCAGCGCCCCGUGCACAAAGGGAGGUAACACCGUGCAGUGCUCAAAGUAUCACGAGACUCGCGAGUGCGAGGAGAGUUGCGGUUCCUAUGCCGUGUGUGUAUACGGGGUGUACUGGCCGCGCCGCUGUCCUCCCCGAUCCUACUAUAAUCCACAGCACGGUCGCUGCGUGCCGGGCAGGUGUCCAACAGGAAGUGACGUUGUUUAUGGGGGGAACCCACAUGUCAGACAGGUAGGACCUUCGGCAGGUGACUACUACGGGAGACUUAUCAGUGCCUUGCCCUUAAGAGGAUGAAAAGCGGUCAAUGACCGAGAAAAGCGAUCGCGCGUGCAUGACGACGCAUACCACGGUACACGUGUGCACACACAAGAUCACAUCUGUUUUCUGGGUCAUCUUCUCCCUAUCCCCUUCAGUCUUCUCAUGUUUGCUUAAAAUAAAUCACCAUACAUAAAUCAGAGCGAGUGAGCAGUGCUGUACUGUCCUUCGGUGUUCGGGUUACUGAUGGAUCUUCUUGAAAUAAAGCUGAUCCUUCUUAA